AAAGAAUUAUUAUCAGUUAUUCAAACAUUAUUAGAACCCUUGGGUAAAACUGAUCGUUCACAGUUUAAAGGAUUAAAAUCAAAAGGUAAAGAUGAUUUAUUAUUGAUUUUGCAACAAGUUAAAGAUAUCUGUAAUGAAACUGACAAUAUUGAUGUAGCAGAGGAUACAAUUUAA